UGAAAGUAUCAAAUUUACAGGAUAUUUACAGGAUAUGGAAUCGGCAUAAUGUAGCUUUCUGAGAAAUAAUGAUUUUCAAAACGACUAUUUUUAUAAUGUGAUAAGAACUUACACAAGAUGAUUGCUCUAUCCAAUUUUUUUUAUCUAUAAUUGCAAUUUUACAUUAUCGACUCAGCUACAAUGAUAGCACUGAAUGUCACUAUAAGACCGAUUCAUAUGUAUCCAUUGCUCUAGUAACAUUUCUAAACGGAAAUGACGUUUAACAUUCAACAACAGCGCUGAUAUAUUUGAAAAUCAUGGCGCAAAACAAUAAAAAUUGUAUGGAAUUACCAUUCAAUCGGAACAUUAGUUAUAGCCAACGAAUGAAGACAAAAGAAUUUUGGAAAUUUUUGGAGAACGAAAGUAACCUGAAACCUUACGUAGUAUUACCAGACAAAAUAUUUUCGAAAGACGAUGCCAUUCGAGUUGUUCCCGUACCAACAAAAAGAAUAUGGUACGAUCAAUAUAAAAUAUUUGAAGAACAUGGAUUGGACAAAGCAGCGUUUGCAGCGUAUCCACAAUGUAAAACGUGUUCCACUAAAUAUAACUGCGGAUCUUCAGAUUCCACCUGCAAGGAUGAACAAUCGUAUGAGGAGUUAUUACAGGAUAUGCAAACUUUUGAUAAAAAGCUGCAGGAUAAAGCAAAUAGUGAUACUGAAAUAAUGUAAAAGCAAUAAUUACAAAUCCUACAAAUUACUAUGAUAUUGUAACAAGGUAGAAUAUAGAUGAACAGGAUAUUACACAGGGACUAAGAUUACGAGGUUCCGGGGAGUAUCGAAUUUCUGUGGUGCAGGAGGUCAACGCUGUUUGGUUUGAGCAAGGUGCUCUACCACAAGACCCAUGAAACGGCCUCGAGGAUGCAGAAUCCUUGCACAACAUCUGGCUCUCCAAAUCUCUUACCUUAUGUACCUUUUUACUGUCAGUCCAUCGCGCGUCCAAAAAUGUGUACCAUGCGAAUACCGGACAUCAGACAAGUUGGAAUUAAAUUUAAAAUUCCUAGAAUGUGUAGUAAUCACUAGGUUUAACGAGACAAGUGUCUCUUUUUUACUUCCCA